AUGAUCCCUUCAUCUUCUACAACUCAUGGUGGGUGGAUUCCAGGGAACCCUCAGUCUACAAACGGCCGCUCAUCGGAGCUGUUCAUUCAGUUCUCAUCACCACAGCCAUCUCAUCAUGUCAAGGUUGAGAGCUGUUCUCCACCAUCAGCUGGUGACGGUCAUCAUCGUGGUGGCGGUGGCUGUGGCGGUGAUGAUCCGCUCGCUGUAGCUAAGAAACUUAAACAUAAUGCUAGCGAACGCGAUCGUCGCAAGAAGAUGAACUCUCUCUAUACUUCUCUUCGCUGCUUGCUUCCAUCGACAAAUCGAACGAAAACAAUGAGUAAUCCAGCCACAAUAUCAAGGGCUUUGAAGUAUAUACCUGAGCUAAGACAGCAUGUGGAGGAGCUAAGGAGAAGGAAGCAAGGGCUUGAGACAAAGAUUAAUGCCAUGACUCAUGACCAACAAAAGCAAGUGAGGAAAAACAAGGAAGCCCCAUGGAUGGGUUGUUCUUCAUGUGCUGUGAAUUGGCUAAGAGAAAAUGAAGCAUUGCUUCAACUCACUUCUAAUGAUACCUUCAAACUCAAAUUUUCACAAAUUCUCCGGUCUCUAGACGAAGAUGAACUUCUCGUUAAGACCGUUUCUACCUUUCAAUCAUUCGAUGGGAGGCACUUCUUUACUCUGCUCGUUCAGGCUAAGCCAAAUACUCCCUCAAGAGUGCUGCAAGAGAUUUUGAAUAGAAAGUUCUAG